UACAGGUGCAACACUAGCUCCCAAUACAACUAGCUAACUUAAUUAGUUGUUAAUUAGAGUUUGCCCAUGCUGCUUUAAUAUUCGCGCUCGAUCGAACGAGUUGUAGCAGCCAUGUCGUGGAAGGCCUUCACCAAGUCCCUCCUCUUCCACUCCAACAAGAUCGUCAGGCGGCUCAAAUCCUUCGUCCUCCAUGCGCAUCCUCCUCCGCCGCCGCCGCACGUCGUCAGGCGGCCGCCGUCGUCGGACGAGCUGCCGGCGGCGGCGGACGUGACGGUGUGCAAGGUGGAGGGCGGCCUGCUGAUGUCGCCGUCGACCUUCCCGUACUUCAUGCUCGUCGCGCUGGAGGCCGGGGGGCUCUUCCGCGGCCUCCUCCUGCUGCUGCUCUACCCCGUGCUGCUCCUGCUCGGCCAUGACCGGGCCACCAAGCUCAUGGUCAUGGUCAGCUUCGCCGGAGUCAGGAAGGAGAAGGACGGGUCGCCGUCCUUCCGGGUGGGCAGGGCGGUGAUGCCCAAGCUGUUCCUGGAGGACGUCAGCGCCGAGGUGUUCGAUGCGGCGGCGCGGCGGCGGCGGCUGGUGUGCGUGAGCUCCAUGCCGAGGGAGAUGGUGGAGCCGUUCUUGAAGGAGUACCUCGCCGUCGACGCCGUCGUGGCGCCGGAGCUGAGGGCGUUCAGGGGGUAUUACCUUGGCCUCGCGGAGUCCGACGGCGAGGUCAUGCAGAGGCUGGACAUGGAGGAGGUGAUCGGGAUGAAGGAGCGCGGCGGCGCCGGCGACGGUGACGGUGAUGGACAGGUCACCGUCGUCGGCAUCGCCGGACUCGGGAACUCGUUCCAUCAGCUCUUCCAAAACUAUUGCAAGGAGGUGUACGUGGCGUCGGAGUGGGCGCGGCGGCGAUGGCGUCCCCUCCAUCCCCGGCGAUACGCGAAGCCCCUCAUCUUCCACGACGGCCGCGUCGCGUUCCGGCCGACGACGUCGGCGACGCUGGCCAUGUUCGUGUGGCUGCCGCUGGCCGUGCCCCUCGCCCUCCUCCGCGUCGCCCUCAUCGUCGUCGUCCUCCCCUUCUCCCUCGCCGCCCCGAUCGCCGCCGCCCUCGGCAUCCACUGCCGCUGCAUCGCCGCCUCCACGCUGCGGGCCGCCGCGGUCUUGGACCUCUUCGUCUGCAACCACCGCUCCCUCCUCGACCCGCUCUAUGUCUCCGCCGUCGCCGGCCGCGCCGACCUCGCCGCCGCCACCUACAGCAUCAGCCGCCUCUCCGAGAUCCUCGCCCCGAUCCGCACCUUCCGCCUCACCCGCGACCGCGCCGCCGACCGCGCCGCCAUGCAGGCCCACCUCUCCCGCUCCCGGCGCGGCGGCGGCGGCGGCGGCCUGGUGGUGUGCCCGGAGGGGACCACCUGCCGCGAGCCGUUCCUGCUGCGCUUCAGCCCGCUCUUCACGGAGCUCGGCGCCGACGUGCAGCCCGUGGCGCUGCACUCGGAGGUGGCCAUGUUCCAUGGCACCACGGCCGGGGGGUGGAAGAUGCUCGACCCCUUCUUCCUCCUCAUGAACCCCUCGCCGGCCUACGUCGUGCACUUCCUCGACCCCGUCGCCGGCGGCGGCGGCGGCCCGGAGGUGGCCAACGAGGUGCAGCGCCGGAUCGCGGAGACGCUGGGGUACACCUGCACGGCGCUCACGCGGAGGGACAAGUACCUCGUGCUCGCCGGCAACGAUGGCGUCGUCGCCAACAACAACAAGAGCAAUUAAUUUACUAAUCAACUACUCUACUGUCUACUACUGUUGUGUACUCCACUACGUGGCUUGUAAUUAGCAUCCUUAAUCCCGCAGUUAAUUAAGGGGAAGUGUAAGACACACUGGUUGUACUCAUCCAAAUGCUCAUAUCAAGUUAUAAUGAACUGCGAAAUUCGAUUGCUGCUUCA